AUGAGUGCAGUAAACGGCGACUCGUCCGUAGGUGCUGCAGGCGGCCCUUCGGAACAUCGCGUCGAAAACGCUGCCCUAGGUGAUGAGCAUCCCGAGACCACUACCCCAAGUGAUGAGCAUCCCGAUAUCCCUGCCCCAGGAGAUGAAAAUCCUGAAGACCUAAUGGAACUUGCGCAUUAUCUUGAACGUCGAGACAAGUUCAAAGAUAUCAUCUUCGCACUUUACGAUAUCCUUGACGACAUCGCUGUCCUUGAAAUCGACACAUCUGAACAGUCCGCUCUCGCCCUGUUGCACAAGUUCAAGGAAUUCGAUAUGGCUGAGCUUGUCAAGCACCCUGAUUUCGAUACCUUUGCUGGGCAACUCGAACAUACUGAUCUUACCGAUCCGGCUGCUGCAAUCGCUUCGAUCCCAAACAGAGUCCGCCUUGUUCGUGUCGACAUCGAUGGUUCACAGGCAAGGCGAUUGACUCAGUUCGUUUCACGAAGAAUUGGGACACCCACCCACCCUCAACAACAGCCACUUCUCAAUGAUCUUUUGACGCUAGCCCGCUCUGUAUCUGUCGGCCUGUGGUUCUCUUGUGAGGAUACCUCCGAGGUUCAUUGGCCCAAGAUUCUGCAAGUCGUGCAGUGUCUUCCCAACUCCUUUACCGAUUAUCUUGCAAAUUGCCGCGCAGGGGAUUACCAGGAUCCGGUCUACGCCAAUAUUGCGGAGAUCCCUGAUGACGGCCGACCUGAGCGUCCAGCGCCUGCUGUAAUGAUCUUUCAGGACAAUGAGCAUUGCACGUUGCGCUACCACACCCCCAUCUUCUUCUUCCAAGGUCAACUCGACUCAUGCGAAAUGGAUAAUGGAUAA